AUGUACUAUAAAAGCCUGUUUUCGUUUUUCCUAUUCUUAUUUGCAAUUCAUUCGUGUCAAGCAACCAUCACCAUUCUUGAAUCAAAUGACACUCUUGUGGAUCGUAUAGCAGCAUUUGGACCUAGAAUUGAUGGCGAGAUAGGUAUUACAGGCCAUCUAUUGCCACCGCUUGCUGCCAAUGAUUCCUAUGGCUGCAUAACUAUCCCAAAUCCAAACAUUAAAAACUGGAUCGCACUGGUAGAAAGAGGCCAAUGCUCAUUCCUACAAAAGGUCAAGAACAUGCAAGACAGUGGCGCUAUUGCUGUCAUUGUAGGUGAUAGACAUUUCAAUGGCUGGGUGACAAUGUAUGCUCCAGGUGAUACUUCUGAUGUACAUAUUCCAAGUGUUUUCGUAGCACAACAUCAAUAUAAGACACUGCUGCAAUUAUUCAAUAGUAAAGAUACAAGCGCACCAGUUGCUGUGCGAUUGUCAGGAGAUGAUUUAUUGACAUGGCCACUUUUAGAUAUGCUGCUAGUGGUUGUAUUAUCACCUGCUGUAAUGAUGUUAUUUAUUUAUCUUACAUGGCAGCUAAGACAAAGACAACGCAGAAAGAAUGACAUUGCUCCUACCAACUUUGUUGCUAAAUUACCCACCUAUGUCUUUCGUCGUGAAAAAAUUGUAGAUAUUGAACACACCGAGUGUGCCAUCUGUCUGGAAGAUUAUGUAGAUGGUGAUCAAUUAAGGACGCUGCCCUGCAAACAUGAAUUUCAUGCUAAAUGUGUGGAUGCGUGGUUGACGUCGCACAAGAAAUUUUGUCCUAUUUGUAAAUUUGAUAUUUGCCAAAAGACAGAGUCAUCAAAAUCAAACAAUUCAUCAAUACCCCCAAGUGAACGUACCCCGCUUUUGAACGCAUAA